GCUCUGGAUGAUAGAGACUAUAAUAGCUCAUGAAAGUUAGUUGAAGGAAUGAAAAAUGUUUCGACUGCCAAGAACUUUAAUCAUAGCAGGAACAAAACAAAUCUUUAGUAACAACCACACAAAAACAUUUCAACAGCUAGCUCUUGGAUAUAAGAGUCAAUAUAACGUAGAUAACAUCUAUACCAAAAGUAAUACAGAUUUUCUUUCUGGCUUGUCAAAGCAUGUAACAAAAUUCAGUUCAGCAAAUAAUGAAGAAUUCUCCGGCUAUAUACCCACAGAUCAACUUACUAUAUCAUAUUCAAGAAGCAGUGGACCAGGUGGUCAACAUGUAAAUAAAGUCAAUACAAAAGUUGAAAUUCGAUUCCAUGUUGAAAGUGCUGAAUGGAUACCACAAUGGGUCAGAGAUAAACUUGUACAAAAGGAACAAAAUAAUAUAAAUAAAGAAGGAUUUUUGAUUAUCACAUCAGACAGAUCUCGUAAACAAAUGUUAAAUCAAGCUGACUGUCUAGAUAAACUUCGUACUAUGAUAUUUAACAGUUGUCAGAAACCUUAUGAACCAACAGAAGAAGAGAUCAGGAUAAAAAAUAAAAGAAUAGCAAAAGCACAAAGAGAAAUAUUAAGGAAAAAAAGAGAACAUUCAUUAAAGAAACAAAAUCGAAGUUCACCUUCCUUUGGUGAUAGCUGAUAAUGUUUGUGAUUGAGUAGAAAAACUAAACAAAUAAAUAUAAACAUAGUGAUGUUUUUAUUAAUAGUGUGGAAAAAUGGAUGAUGUUUUAAGCUCUAGUGCUUUUAUAAAUUGAACAGAGUGAAAUCUUGUAUGAUAAAUAUGAAUAAGUUUUGAAUAAAAGUUUAAAUAGCAGGGAAAAAA